GCUUUUAAGAGUGCUUAAUUUAUAGUUAGAAACUAUGGUUUUUUCGUUUAGUGUUUACGGUUAUUUUUUAUUGUCAUGCAGCAUUAUCAAAGUCUUGGGAUUUACCGACAGUCGUAUAGUCAACGGUACCAAUGCAGAUAUUGAAGAAUUUCCUUAUGCUGUGUCUUUACGAUACAAUUCAAGACAUACCUGUGGAGGAACUAUAUUAAAUGAAAAAUUCAUUCUUACAGCCGCCCAUUGCGCAUGCAACAAUGAUAAACCCAGAGAUGCAAAAGCAUAUUCGAUUCAGUAUGGCUUGACAGAAAUUACUACCGAUUCGAUACAAACCAGAAAUGUCAAGAAAAUCAACUGUAAUGAGUUUGAUUCUGACAAAAUUAUUAACGAUUGUGCAGUAAUAGAGCUAGAGGAAUCGCUUCCCAAAGAUGAUACUUGGAAGCCGGUUAUCAUCGCAAAUGAAUUUUCCACAGAAAAACCUCAAAGUGGUGUAAUAAUUGGUUGGGGAAAAACUGGGCAAAAUGACCCCAUAUCCAGAAAAUUACAAAAACUAGAAGUUGAGAUUUAUGAUGAUGAAACUUGUGCUCAAAAAAUGGAUAACAAACACCACAUUUGCUUUGGAGCUAUGAACGGUGGAGCUUGUAAUGGUGAUUCUGGUACAGCUCUAUUAGUGGAUAACAAGCAGGUCGGGAUAGCAUCUUUUAUUACCAAUAAGUGUGGGAUUGCAAAUAAGAAGAAUCCUAAUGUUUAUUCAAGAAUUCCAACCUACUACAAGUGGAUUAACGACAUUAUGGCGGGAGAAAAUUCAAUUACAGAAUCGUCUGAAGAGGAAGGUUUACUUGAUAGAUUCUUCUUAGAUAUUAGACAUUAAAUUAGAUGUGUUUUAAACAAACAUACAUUGCAGAAUACUAGCCAACCCAACCAUUCUAAAAUUAUAUAAUAAUGAUAACAAUAAUAAUAAUGUGUUUAUUUUGCGAAAUUUAUAAAUAUAUACUAAGAAACUGACUAAAAAAACCAAAAAUAUAAUAUAACUGUUUAAUACAAAAUAGAAUUAAAAAAAAAUAUAUAUUAUUCAUGAAUACAUGUCUACCACAAUCUCCAUGCUUUGUAUUUAGAUCUCUAAGAGUUCAAUAAAAAAUGUUUAACAUUUUCAAAUAAUUAUUUGAGAAAUAUUUAAUAUUUAGCGUAAAUUCACAAUACAACUGAAACACAUUUUAUGUAAAAGAUCGCCGAAAAAAUUCAUUUUCAUGAGGUCGUAAUUAGCUCUUAGGCUUUUAAUUCUGCACAUGAGGGUGGUAUUUUAAUUUAUUGAUUAAGUAAAGAGGACAUAUCUAUAUAAUAAUAAUAAUAAACGUCUUUUAUUUAACAAACAAAUAAUUUACAGUUGUAAUUAUCAUACAUACAUUUCUAUAGGGAUAUAAGAGAGGCGAAGUUUAGCCAUGUGGCUACUCUUACUUAACCUACCUAAUCCCUCUGAAGUGAAAAUAAAACAAUAUCAUGCAACUUAUUAGCGAAUAGCUCUUUAAAUGUACGCACACAUUGUAGAAAAAAAAAGUUACUUAAAGAAUUAUUAUACACAACGACAAACUGUGCGAUACAAAAGACCGUAAUAUAGCUUUAUCCAGUA